AUGGAAAGCCAGCGGAGUAUAACAGAUUUGCCGUUCGACGUCCUCGAUCUGAUAUUCAAGGAACUGGAGAGUCUGAUUGAUAAGCUGCAACUGGCUCAGGCUCAUGAGAAGCUGGGGAAAGCCUUUUCCUAUCACAGCCGCAGUGCCUACAAGUGUUUGUAUCCCUUUGCCGGCAUCCGCCCCGAAUUGUGGAUGGUUUUGGUGAAGGAAUGUGGCUCGACUAUUGUGGAGUUUUCCAGCAACAAAGUGGAAAGCACCAACUGGAGUGAUCAGUUGGCCAAGUCAAUUGUGCUGCACUGCCCCAACAUGAAGGCGGUGAAAAUUCAUGUUUACGAAGAUAAUUGUGACAGCGUUCAGUCCUUCUUAUUAAAUAUGAGUAAUGCAUUGACAUCAGUUGAACUGGUUAUAUUUACGAACGAUUCAAAAAAGAUAUUUGACUCAGUGGCGAAAAUGAUUAAUAUAACAAAACUUAUACUCAGGGGAGACAUUACAGAAGAAGUCUACCAGAUACAAAAAUUGGUCGCUUUGGAGGAGCUAGAAAUUGUAUCCUAUAAAAGAUUCAGCCCCUAUAUGCCUUUAAAUCUUCUUGAGAUUUGUGCACCACUGACGAAUCUCCGCUGCCUGACAGUGCUUAAUAUAACAAUAAUGCCCUCGGAAAAGCAGCAUUCGAUGGUUUGGACUGUCUUGGCGCAUUUAAAAAUAAAUAACUGCGAAAUUUUUACGGAAUUACCUCAUUGCCCGAGUCUUAAGGAUUUGGAUAUGAUUAACACCAAGUGCCAUGUCAAAGGCCUUCUCUUGGGGUUUAUUCUACAGAAUGGGAUAAAUCUUGAGAAAAUGAAUGAGAAAGGCAAACCACCUCCAUUCGAUGGGGAUGGGUUUCUUCAAGUUCUGCGGUCAUGUCCAAAACUGCGAACUUUUUAUACUCCAAUGCAGGAUAUCAAAAUCUAUCAGUCGUACGUGUCUUCCAUUGUUGAAAUUCUUAAGGAGAAUGGUGUCCAGCAGGAGGAACCCUUCCGACUGAUUAUAUAUGCACGCCCAAAGUCAAAAUGGCUCCGUCGAUUAAUUCCAAGAACAUCCAAUCCUGAAUUAAUCGCCCUUGAUUAUUUGUACAAUUUUUAA